GACAGCAGGGUGGUCACGGUCACCCGGCAGGACGACAGAUGCCUGGUUGGUUGAAAACACUGAAUCAAUGCGCAAUACAUCCUUAAUUAAUGCUUAAUCAACAACACCUGGGCAACAUCCAUUUCGGGGGGUGUAUAGCUAAUGAAAAAGUGUGCAUGUCACAAUUCUUCUCCACAGGAGGCCGAGUUUCGAACAGUGACCGAGGCGCUUUCAUUUGUUUCGCUUGUGGAUGGUUACUUCAGGCUGACUACAGACUCCAGUCACUAUUUCUGUCAAGACGUUGCCCCUCCCAGCCUGCUUGAAGACAUUGAAAGCCACUGCCAUGGGCCAAUCACGUAGGUCCUUCAAGACUUAUAUCAAACCCAUAGAGAUACAUUAGAUUUAAACAUCUCAGUGUGCCUUUAUAUGUUGUUUCCUCAGGUCUGAGUUUGCAGUGCACAAGCUGAAAAAAGUAGGCGCCAAAGAUGGCAGGUUUCUGCUAAGACGCAGCCCCAAAGACUAUGAAAAGUUAUUUCUUACCGUCUGCGUUCAGGUAAAAAGUAAACAAUUACAAAGCAUAGUCAAUCUUCAAAUUGCUUUAAUCUGGAUAUACUUUUGGUCACACUUUUAUUAGAUAGUCUGGAUGGUCCAUAUGUAUUGCAUUUGUAUUGUAUUUAUUAGAAAUCCCCUACAAAUUAAAACAGUACAUCAUAUAACAUUAUUACACUGCAUAUCUACAAUAGAAAAUGUAUAAUACCACCACACAACAAUAUUACAAUGUACCUGUGUGUAGAGUGUGUGUUCCAGCGUGUUAAUGCACGUAUGCGUGUGUGUGUGCUUGUGUGUGUGUGUGUCUCUUCACAGUUAGCAUUGUUCCAUAAGGUGUAGUUUUAUCUGUUUUUAAAUCUGAUUUUAGUGCUUGCAUCAGUUACUUGAUGUGGAAUAGAGUUCCAUGUAGCAAUGGCUCUAUGUAGUACUGCGCAUUUCCCAGAGUCUGUUCUUGACUUGGGGACUGUGAAUAGACCCCUGGUGGCAUGUCUUGUGGGGUAUGCAUGGGGGUCUGAGCUGUAUGCUAGUCAUUUGAACAGACAACUCGGUGCUUUCAACAUGUCAAUAGCUCUCACAAAGACAAGUAGUGAUGCAUUCAAUCUCUUGAGCCAGGAGAGAUUGACAUGCAUGUCAUUGAUGUUAACUCUGCAUAUACAUUUAAGGGCCAGCCGUGCUGCUCUGUUUUGGGCCAAAUGUAAUUUGCCUAUGUCCCUCUUUGUGGCACUUGACCAUAUGACUGGGCAGUAGUCCAGGUGCGACAAAACUUGGGCCUGUAGGACUAGUUUUGUCAAGAAAGCAGAGCAGCACUUUAUUAAGGAGAGACCUCUCCCCAUCUUAGCGACCGUUGCAUCAAUAUGUUUUUACCAUGACUGUUUACAAUCCAGGGUUACUCCAAGCAGUUUAGUCUUCUCAACUUGCUCAAUUUCCACAUUAUUUAUUACAAUAUUUAGUUGAGUUUUAGGGUUUAGUGAAUAAUGCUUUUAGUUUUUUAAAUAUUUUGUACUAGCUUAUUACUUGCCACCCAUUCUAAAACUGACUGCAGCUCUUUGUUAAGUGUUGCAGUGAUUUCACAAACUGUAUAUACUUCCAUUUGUUUUUUCAACUGGUACCAGGGGACUUUAAGACGGGUCUUGUGAGGCCUAAACAACCAACAUGUACAUGUUUGUGAGUCUCCUGACACUUGUGGAGGUCGUAGAGCAAAAUGGAGAACACCAUCCUGUUCGUGAGAGUUUCAUCUUUCCAUAGUUAGUAGGCCAAACCGUUCGGACACUACAGACAAUUUUGAGAGAAGACCGAUUUUCGGGAUGUCUCAUGGUCUGACAAACACCGCUCUAGCUCGGUCACAUAGGCAGAUGCGGUGGAUUGAGACGCAUCCAAUGCAAAACAGAUACAGUUGAAGUCGGAAGUUUACAUACACCUUAGCCAAAUACAUUUCAACUCAGUUUUUCACAAUUCCUGACAUUAAAAAAUUCCCUGUCUUAGGUCAGUUAGGAUCACCACUUUAUUUAAAAAAAUUGAAAUGUCAGAAUAAUAGUAGAGAGAAUGAUUUAUUUCACAUUUCCGUGGGUCAGAAGUUUACAUACACUCAAUUAGUAUUUGGCAGCAUUGCCUUAAUUGUUUAACUUGGGUCAAACAUUUCAGGUAGCCUUCCACAAGCUUCCCACAAUACGUUGGGUGAAUUUUGGUCCAUUCCUCCUGACAGAGCUGGUGUAACUGAGUCAGGUUUGUAGGCCUCCUUGCUCACACAUGCUUUUACAAUUCUGCCCACAAAUGUUCUAUAUGAUUGAGGUCAGGGCUUUGUGAUGGCCACUCCAAUACCUUGACUUUGUUGUCCUUAAGCCAUUUUGCCACAACUUUGGAAGUAUGCUUGGGGUCAUUGUCCAUUUGCGACCAAGCUUUAACUUCCUGACUGAUGUCUUGAGAUGUUGCUUCAAUAUAUCCACAUAAUUUUCCUUCCUCAUGAUGCCAUCUAUUUUGUGAAGUGCACCAGUCCCUCCUGCAGCAAAGCACCCCCACAGCAUGAUGCUGCCACCCCCGUGCUUCACAGUUGGGAUGGUGUUCUUCGGCUUGCAAGCAACCCCCUUUUUCCUCCAAACAUAACGAUGGUCAUUAUGGCCAAACAGUUAUAUUUUUGUUUCAUCAGACCAGAGGACAUUUCUCAAAAAAGUACGAUCUUUGUCCCCAUGUGUAGUUGCAAACCGUAGUCUGGCUUUUUUAUGGCGGUUUUGGAGCAGUGGCUUCUUCCUUGCUGAGCGGCCUUUCAGGUUAUAUCGAUAUAGGACUCGUUUUACUGUGGAUAUAGAUACCUUUGUACCUGUUUCCUCCAGCAUCUUCACAAGGUCCUUUGCUGUUGUUCUGGGAUUGAUUUGCACUUUUCGCACCAGAGUACGUUCAUCUCUAGGAGACAGAACGCGUCUCCUUCCUGAGCGGUAGGACGGCUGUGUGGUCCCAUGGUGUUCAUACUUGCGUACUAUUGUUUGUACAGAUGAACGUGGUACCUUCAGCCAUUUGGAAAUUGCUCCCAAGGAUGAACCAGACUUGUGGAGGUCUACCAUUUUUUUCUGAGGUCUUGGCUGAUUUCUUUUGAUUUUCCCAUGAUGUCAAGCAAAGAGGCACUGAGUUUGAAGGUAGGCCUUGAAAUACAUCCACAGGUACUCCUCCAAUUGACUCAAAUGAUGUCAUUUAGCCUAUCAGAAGCUUCUAAAACCAUGACAUCAUUUUCUGGAAUUUUCCAAGCUAUUUAAAGGCACAGUCAACUUAGUGUAUGUAAACUUCUGACCCACUGGAAUUGUGAUGCAGUGAAUUAUAAGUGAAAUAAUCUGUCUGUAAACAAUUGUUGGAAAAAUUACUUGCAUGCACAAAGUAGAUGUCCUAACCGACUUGCCAAAACUAUAGUUUGUUAACAAGAAAUGUGUGGAGUGAUUGAAAAACGAGUUUUAAUGACUCCAACCUAAGUGUAUGUAAACUUUCGACUUCAACUGUUAAACUAGCUUAAACUGACGGAUUUUGAUGGGGAUUGCUUUAUUACACUAAUUUGGAGAACCUUAGGGGGUUUUAAGUUUAGUCACAUGAUUUCUCAAUUUACUGUACCAGCUGUGCAGACAGACUUAUUUGCCAUUCCUUUUGCUUCGUUCCGCUCAACCAUACAAUUUUUCAAUUCCUCAUCAUUCCAUGGGGAUUUAACCGUUUUUACAGUCAUUUUCUUAAUGGGUGCAUGCUUAUUAGUAACUGGAAUAAGCAAAUUCAUAAAUGUGUCACGUGCAGCGUCUGGUUGCUCCUCAUUACACUUGAAAAAGAAAAGGAGAGCUCAGAUGCAAUAAUUGCUCCUCAUUACACACCACAGACCAGCAAAUAUUCUCUUCAUCAUAAGAAUCACUACAAAACCUUUUGUAUGAUCUCUUAUACACUAUAUUAGGCCCAGCCUUUGGAACUUUGGUUUUCCUAGAUAUAUCUCCACUCAGUAAGCUAUGUUUCCAUUACCUUGUCCAGUGACUUUUUGUCGACAUUUACAAAGUUUGCAUAAAAAGUAGAUGUGACAAUUGCCUGCCACAGUGCGUUUCCAUUGAGCUUGUUUUGAUUAAAACAGCUGGACGUAAUGAAGUCACAACUUUAAACAAAAAAACAUAGAAUGUUGAAUUACAAUGAAGUGGUUAAAGUGUUUCCAUUACCCAUUUAGCCUAAUUUGAUUUGAAAUUGCUAGCAUUCUUGAAAGUCAAGACAAUCCUUGUCCUGCAAAGGAACAUCAUUUUUUUAUAGUUGAAUAAAUUGAUUUUGCAAGCAGUAGGCAUUUUGGUGAUGCCAUCACGUGCCCCGCACCUUCAAAAUGAUUAGACAAUCAUCAUUCUUUCGAGAAAAAAAACACUGUUUCCAUCAUCAAUUUUCACAAUAAAGGAAGUUCGACAAAAUAAAAAUCCACCCGUCGAAUGGAUAAAAUGUUAGUUGAUCUUUCGGAAAUGUGUUACAUCUGCCGUUUUCAUUACAUGUCGCAAUGAUUUUUUCUGUGACAUUGCUUAAGUUGAAUAAACCUGGGUCAAUGGAAACCUGCCUACUGUUUUUGCUAGCACUUGCCCCCAAAAAGUGUACCAUCUGGGUUAACUCGGUUGAGUUUACAAAAACAGAUCAGAUAUACUGUAGGUAAACCUCGCUGACUGAGGUCUACCAUACAGGUGGCAUCACUUGUAAUGAAUGUGUACUUAUAUAGUACGUUAGCCAUCCUGACAACCUGGCCCUAAUUUUAAAGCUUCUGGAAGCACAAUCCAAGUGAGAGGAUAAACCCACAAGUACACCACAGAGCACAAGUACAAUGUAAUUACUAGGUGUUACACAGGAUUUAUCUAUUUAAAUUUAAGUGUAUCUUGAAUUGUACUUACUUGUAUUGUGUACUUACAAAGUACAUUACCCAUUCUGACAAUCUAAUCGUCAGCUUCUGAAAGCGCCAUCCAGGUGAGAAAAUAAACAAAGUGAUACACCACAGAGUACAUAUAUGUAAUAUUUACAUUUACAUCAUUUAGCAAACGCUCUUAUCCAGAGCGACUUACAAAUUGAAUAUCUGCAUAAGUACAAGGUUGUCACUAGUUGUUACACAGGAUUUAGCUAUUUAAAGUGAAGUGUAACUUUAUAGUUAACUAUAAGCAAUUUCUAUAUAAUUACUUAUUACUCAUUACCAAGUGAAAAUACAUACAAACAAAAUAUUUUCUACUACUUUAGUCAACUUUAUUGCAACAUGUUAAAAUACCUUACAUUUCUUACAAAACAAUAAGGAUUUGUAUUGUUAGAUUAAUAAUUAGAUUAAUUAAAUUAAAACAAAGAUACAGGCAUACUCAAUAACAUUAAAAUAACUAUUCUAGUGGUGAUUCAAAUCUGUAGGCUAUAGUAUGGUGAGUAGCCUAGAUAGAUAGCUAAUUUAGAAAAAUAUGAUUGUCUUUUUCUUCCCUUUUUAACAUUACAAGUAACAAUGGAAAUCAACAACUCUGUCUCUGACUCUGUCUUCAUCUAUUUCUUUCUUGUAAGCAUUUUCCCAUCCUGGAGUCUGAGACCUUAUGAGAAUCUGUGGUGGAGAAGAAGAAUGUAUGACAAUUUAGCAUAGACACUAUACAUUACUCCUAGUUAUCAUCAUCAUGAUUUCUGUAGUUUAGGCAUAUACACUACCGGUCAAAAGUUUUAGAACUCCUACUCAUUCAAGGGUUUUUAUUUAAUUUUACAAUUUUCUACAUUGUAGAAUAAUAGUGAAGACAUCAAAACUAUUAAAUAACACAUAUGGAAUCAUGUAGUAACCAAAUAAAAUGUUAAACAAAUCAAAAUAUAUUUUAUAUUUGAGAUUCUUCAAAUAGCCACCCCUUGCCUUGAUGACAGCUUUGCACACUCUUGGCAUUCUCUCAACCAGCUUCACCUGGAAUGCUUUUCCAACAGUUUUGAAGGAGUUCCCACAUCUGCUGAGCACUUGUUGGCUGCUUUUCUUUCACGCUGCGGUCCGACUCAUCCCAAACCAUCUCAAUUUGGUUGGGGUCGGGGGAUUGUGGAGGCCAGGUCAUCUGAUGCAGCACUCCAUCACUCUCCUUCUUGGUAAAAUAGCCCUUACACAGCCUGGAGGUGUGUUGGGUCAUUGUCCUGUUGAAAAACAAAUGAUAGUCCCACUAAGCCCAAACCAGAUGGGAUGGUGUAUCGCUGCAGAAUGCUGUGGUAGCCCUGCUGGUUAAGUGUGCCUUGAAUUCUAAAUAAAUCACUGACAGUGUCACAAGCUUAACACCUCCUCCUCCAAGCUUUACGGUGGGAAAUACACAUGCGGAGAUCAUCCGUUCACCCACACUGCGUCUCACAAAGACACGGCGGUUGGAACCAAUAAAUCUACAAUUUGGACUCCAGACCAAAGGACACAUUUCCACCAGUCUAAUGUCCAUUCCUCGUGUCUCUUCUUCUUAUUGGUGUCCUUUAGUAGUGGCUUCUUUGCAGCAAUUCGACCAUGAAGGCCUGAUUCACACAGUCUCCUCUGAACAGUUGAUGUUGAGAUGUGUCUGUUACUUGAACUCUGUGAAGCAUUUAUUUGGGCUGCAAUUUAUGAGGCUGGUAACUCUAAUGAACUUAUCCUCUGCAGCAGAGGUAACUCUGGGUCUUCCAUUCCUGUGGCGGUCCUCAUGAGAGCCAGUUUUAUCAUAGCGCUCGAUGGUUUUUGCGACUGCAAUUGAAGAAACUUUCAAAGUUCAUGAAAUGUUCUGUAUUGACUGACCUUCAUGUCUUAAAGUAAUGAUGGACUGUCGUUUCUCUUUGCUUAUUUGAGCUGUUCUUGCCAUAAUAUGAACUUGGUCUUUUACCAAAUAGGGCUAUCUUCUGUAUCCCCCCCUACCUUGUCACAACACAACUGAUUGGCUCAAACGCAUUAAGAAGGAAAGAAAUUCCACAAAUUAACUUUUAAGGAUGCACACCUGUUAAUUGAAAUGCAUUCCAGGUGACUACCUCAUGAAGCUGGUUGAGAGAAUGCCAAGAGUGUGCAAAGCUGUCAUCAAGGCAAAGGGUGGCUAUUUGAAGAAUCUCAAAUAUAAAAUAUAUUUGGAUUUGUUUAACACUUUUUUGGUUACUACAUGAUUCCAUAUAUGUUAUUUCAUAGUUUUGAUGUCUUCACUAUUAUUCACUAUUGUCUUUACUAUUAUUGGUGGUCUAUAGUAACUUCCCACAAGAAUGGGCUUUAGGUGAGGCAGGUGAACAUGUAGCCAUAUUACUUCAACAGUAUUUGACAUGAGAUGCUCUACAGAUGGUCAUACUACCAACAAACAAUAUUUUGAUAAGCAACUUCUUGCUAAGGUUACGGUUAGGUUUAGAAUAAGGUUUAGGGUAAGGUUUAAGGUUAUGGUUAGUGCAAGGGUUAAGUUUAGGGUUAGGAUAAGGGUUAAGGUUAGGGUUAGGGCUAGGGUUAGUAGAUAAUUAGUUGAAAUGUUACUGAUACUCUGUAGCGUAUCUACAGAUGGACUAUCCAAAUAAAGUGUUACCGGAUAUACUUUUUGACAUUCUCUUAGACUCCUCUUGGGCUGGAUUACAAAGACUGUCUAAUUACGAAGAAUGAACAGUUCUGUCUUUCGGGGGUCCACAAGUCCUUCCUCAGCUUGAGGGAACUCACUGACUUCUUCCAACAAAGCAAGCUGCUCCUGGCUGAGGUUCCUGUCAAACUGGAAAGAUGUUGUCCACCUCGACCGAAAGGUACAGGGCAACAAGCCAGUUUGAUGUUUUUAUUGCUCAAACUUAAAGCUCAAUCGUAGGAAUCGUACCAUGCACAACUGAUCAUUGAACAUUGGUUACUUCACAAUCAAAUUAGACUAAAAUAUAUUUCAUAUUGAAAUCAGAAGAAAUAAUAUAUAUUUGAUUAUACAAAUCUCAAUCAUCACACUUAGCAAUGAUACAUCUGCAUAGUUAAUUGUAAUGCUGCAUCAUUCAUCACAAGAACUACCCCGUUCUUUCUGUAGAACUCUCAAACCUGGUCAUCAUGCGUGGCAGCAGCUCAGUAGAGACACAGGGGUCCCCGACACUGCAAAGGACCAAACCCAGUCAUAUCCAGUUCCACAUGAUCAAGUACGAGGAUCUGCGAUGGGUGAGUUUAGCAGAAGCCUGGAGCUUCACUCAAACAUCCUGUCAGUUCUCUGUCAUGUGGGUUUAAUGCAGUUCAAGUUUAAAUGAAUUCCGUCAUAUGACAGAUCCUGUAUAAGGGAAAACUGGCAAGGCCAUCAAUAACAGUUUGAAUGAAUGAAUGGCUUACUCACUUUACUGUGUGUAUCAUUUCUGUCAGUGUGAAAGCUUGGGACAGGGAUCCUUCACACGAAUCUUCAAAGGCAGCAAGAUAGACAUACGCGAUGGGGAGAGACAUGUGACAGAUGUUCUGCUUAAGGAGCUGGAUGCAAACCACAAAAACUGCUGGGAGGUAGGCAACACUGAUAAUGUGCAUUUCAGAAGUCAAAUAGAAUGUGAUACUGUAGCUGCAUCAGACUGGAUCAGAACUGUAAUUGGAAUUUGUUUCUUGUUCUUUUCCCCAUUCAUGGCAUUAGUCCAUAUCUACCCAAAGGUGUCCUUGUUUCAACCCAGGUGCUGAGUUUCUUUCUGAAUGUUAUGAGUCCUUUAGUUAUGAAUCAAUAAUAAGAGGACCAUUUUAAUAUCCUACUUUAACUUAAUUGACCUGUAUUGAGUCAAAUGAUCCGAUCAAUCGUAAGAGCAAUUCACACGCCACAAUAUAAUUACUCUUUAACAACAAUUACAACGUCAAAGAAAGAACAUGGAUCAAUUGUAGUAGCCAGUUGCAGUUGGAGGUUUUUUCCAUUUAGGAAGGUGUGGUCUAUCGUAUAACAAACUAAGCAGGUAUGCAAACGUAGAAAACUUUUUGGGGGGGUUUCGUUAACUUGUCUCGUGUUAUAUCAGCUCUUUUUGGAAUAUUCUAAAAAUGGAUGUGUUUCAUUGCCUCUUGAACCCUAUGGGAUAUGUAGUUCUAGAGCAGGUGGCCGUAGCUUUUUGCCACAUGAAACAGUAGCUAAGAUAGGAUACCGAAGCCCGUAUCAACCCCUUGUUGCAACCCCUCCUUACUGAAGAAAACCCUGUACAAAUAGAAAGAAAGUAGCUACAGUGGUCACCCAUUCUAAGUGUACGUUCUCUUGUUUUUCUCCUCUAAGUCAUUCUUUGAAGCUGCCAGCUUGAUGAGCCAGAUUUCCCACAAGCACCUUCUCCUGGUCUAUGGGAUAAGUGUUCAUAGAUCCAAGAGUGAGUAACCGUAACACCUCAACCUCUCAACUUAACAUCCUACUUCUCACAGAUUUCUACAGAAUCACCUAAACUUGAAAAAAUUUAAUAAAAUGACAUGCACAAUUUAAAUGAACUACAAUUUAUAGGGUUAGGGCUAAGGUCAAUGUUAAGGUUACGGUCAGGGUUAAGGUUACUGCUGUAAAUACCCUAACUCAUUAUAACAAUGAGUAAUUACAAUACUUGUUACAUUGUAAUUAUAUGAGUAGUGACACAGUAUUAAGGGCACUGUAAUGUAAAGUGCUACUGAGUCUGCUAACGCAGUUCCACUUCAUUUUCUGUGGGGGUUUUGAGCAGUGCUCACUCAACUCUCUCUCAAGGAGCUGCUGCUAUCGUAACACAUCUAAUCAUGCUACGCUGGUUAUCUCUUAACCUUGCAGAUGUCAUGGUGCAGGAGUUUGUCAAGUGUGGGGCCCUUGACCUGUUCCUGAAGAGGGAAGGGUCAGUGUCGGUCAGCUGGAAACUUGACGUGGCCAGACAGUUGGCUUGUGCCCUAAAUUUCCUGGUGAGAUGAAGCUGAUCUUUGGUCUGAUUUCUAUUUCUCUUCAGCUGAAGUAUUUUGUAUGUUUUCUGAGGAAGCACUUUUGUUCAAAUAGAUUAUCUAUAGAUGUUUGAUUAACUGUCCUUAGACAUUCCUUCAGUGUCAAUACUAGUGUAUACACUAGUUAAACUGCUACUGCUUGCUCAUUGUUUGAACUAUUCAAAUAAACGGUUACAAUUUUAGUCUGUCUCUUUCUUCAUCAAAUAGGAAGAGAAGAACAUUAUUCAUGGGAAUAUUUGUGCCAAAAAUCUGCUCCUGGCCAGAGAGGGGGACGCAUCCCAAGGAAGCUCUCCUUUCAUCAAGCUGAGUGACCCGGGCAUCAACGUGGCAAUGUUGGGCAGAGAUGGUAAACAGUCAUCAUAAUGUAAUGCAGAGAGUAUACAUGCACACUGGGAAUGGCUUCCAAAAAGUGAUAUUAUAUUUAAAAACCUAAUGCUUUUAACUGUUUGUGUUCUGUAUCUACUGUAUGGGUCGUGUGUGUGUGUGUGUGUGUGUAUGUGUGUGUGUGUGUAUGUGUGUAUGUGUGUAUGUGUGUAUGUGUGUGUGUGUGUGUGUGUAUGUAUGUAUGUAUGUAUGUAUGUAUGUAUGUAUGUAUGUAUGUAUGUAUGUAUGUAUGUAUGUAUAGUGGUGCUUGACAGGAUUCCAUGGGUAGCUCCGGAGGUGCUGGAGGCUCCAGAGAAGCUUGAGCUGGAGUGUGAUAAGUGGAGCUUUGGUGCCACGCUGUGGGAGAUAUUCAAUGGAGGACAGGCACCACUACAGGGCCUGGACCUCGAGAGGGUAAACUCCUACCUUUAACUACCACUAACACAACAAUGUACAGUAUCUGAUAUUGACUUACCCUGUGGAUAAGGGCCAAAUUAGUUUAUUCAUGAAACCUAUGCAAUUAUCACCCGAGUUUCAGGAAAAUCAGGUGCAGUUUAUUUUCUCUGUAAAACCCACAUGAAAAUGCCAACUGUUAAUUCUCCUUGGCUUAGGCUUUGUCAACAGCCUGAGUAUUAAACUUACAUUAAUCCAAUCUUGAUUACUUUUUAAGCGGUUUUCAGAAAAUAUGUGGUCAAAUUCCACUCAAAUUCACCACGGCGUUGAAGUUUUUUGUACAAACCCAAUACGUUGAAUUAACCUCUGCUUCUUUUAAGCAGAAGCUGCAGUUUUACAAGACCUACAAGCAGUUACCCUCUUCAGAGUGGACAGAGCUGGCGGAUCUUAUCAGCCAGUGUAUGAACUACCAGCCUGCAUUCAGGCCCUCCUGUCGGAGCAUAAUUCGCCAACUGAACAGUCUGAUAACGUCAGGUACUUCUCACUAAUGAACCCAAACCAUGUUACUUAAAACACCCUGUGUGGUCCAGAAUUAGAGUUUCUACCUGUUAUUUUCAGGUGGGAAUUUGUUUAAUAAAACACAGCUAAACCCAAAGUGUCCUUUAGUUUAGGGGCUGUGUCUUUUUAUUGACCUGUUUGUUCUACACUCUUAGAAAAAAGGGUUCCAAAAGGGUUCUUCGGCUGUCCACAUAGGAGAACCCUUUUUGGUUCCAGGAAGUAGGGCUGACCCCAUUUAGUCGACUGGUCGAUUGUUUGGUCGAUAGGCUGUCGAUGGUUUGGUCGAUAGGCUGUCGAUGGUUUGGUCAAUAGGCUGUUGAUGGUUUGGUCGAUAGGCCAGUAUCACCAGUAGUUGGCUACAUUUAGCCUACUGUUAAUUCCCAUAAUUUAAAAUAUACAGUGUUUGUUUGGUUAGGGUAAUUUCCAUUAAUAUAUUAUUAUUACAGUCUUACUGUUGUUAUUGUAGAAGUGGACACAUUGUUUGCAGAGUGCACAACCUAGGCUACACUUGAAAAAAGUUUUGGUUUAUUUCAUUCUAUUUACGAGUUGUCUUUUGUUUGGAGUGCUCCUGUCAAUCUUGAGUAAGGACAAACACCUGAUUACGCAUAGAAGUAGGCCUAGGCUACCUGACCUGCGUGCAAAUGUAGGCCUAUAAAUGUGCCCAUUUGGGGAUCUGAUACUAUUUCUGAUUGUCUUAACUCACCAUCACUGUGGAGCUUCUCUAAGUAAUUUUUUCUUCGCCUCAAACAGCAAGUAAAGGAAGUCUGUUAUUACAUCCAUUGAGAAUGACAAUAGUUCCUCAAUGAAGCCUAUUUGAAAAAUCUUUCCAGCUCUCUCCCUUUCGAUAACCACUCAGCAUGAAAGGGGGAAGAAAUGUCAUGCUGUGAUCGGGUGGAAACGUCUACCUGAUUACAGUGAGGGAAAAAAGUAUUUGAUCCCCUGCUGAUUUUGUACGUUUGCCCACUGACAAAGAAAUUAUCAGUCUAUAAUUUUAAUGGUAGGUUUAUUUGAACAGUGAGAGACAGAAUAACAACAAAAAAAUCCAGAAAAACGCAUGUCAAAAAUGUUAUAAAUUGAUUUAUAUUUUAAUGAAGGAAAUAAGUAUUUGACCCCCUCUCAAUCAGAAAGAUUUCUGGCUCCCAGGUGUCUUUUAUACAGGUAACGAGCUGAGAUUAGGAGCACACUCUUAAAGGGAGUGCUCCUAAUCUCAGCUUGUUACCUGUAUAAAAGACACCUGUCCACAGAAGCAAUCAAUCAAUCAGAUUCCAAACUCUCCACCAUGACCAAGACCAAAGAGCUCUCCAAGGAUGUCAGGGACAAGAUUGUAGACCUACACAAGGCUGGAAUGGGCUACAAGACCAUCGCCAAGCAGCUUGGUGAGAAGGUGACAACAGUUGGUGCGAUUAUUCGCAAAUGGAAGAAACACAAAAUAACUGUCAAUCUCCCUCGGCCUGGGGCUCCAAGCAAGAUCUCACCUCGUGGAGUUGCAAUGAUCAUGAGAACAGUGAGGAAUCAGCCCAGAACUACACGGGAGGAUCUUGUCAAUGAUCUCAAGGCAGCUGGGACCAUAGUCACCAAGAAAACAAUUGGUAACACACUACGCCGUGAAGGACUGAAAUCCUGCAGCGCCCGCAAGGUCCCCCUGCUCAAGAAAGCACAUAGACAGGGCCGUCUGAAGUUUGCCAAUGAACAUCUGAAUGAUUCAGAGGAGAACUGGGUGAAAGUGUUGUGGUCAGAUGAGACCAAAAUCGAGCUCUUUGGCAUCAACUCAACUCGCCGUGUUUGGAGGAGGAGGAAUGCUGCCUAUGACCCCAAGAACACCAUCCCCACCGUCAAACAUGGAGGUGGAAACAUUAUGCUUUGGGGGUGUUUUUCUGCUAAGGGGACAGGACAACUUCACUGCAUCAAAGUUACGAUGGACGGGGCCAUGUACCGUCAAAUCUUGGGUGAGAACCUCCUUCCCUCAGCCAGGGCAUUGAAAAUGGGUCGUGGAUGGGUAUUCCAGCAUUACAAUGGGCGGCAGGUAGCUUAGUGGUUAAGAGCGUUGUGCCAGUAACCGAAAGGUCGCUGGUUCUAAUCCCCGAGCCGACUAGGUGAAAAAUCUGUCGAUGUGCCCUUGAGCAAGGCACUUAACCCUAAUUUCUCCUGUAAGUCGCUCUGGAUAAGAGCGUCUGCUAAAUUACCAAAUAUUAUUAAAUAUUAAUACAAUGACCCAAAACACACGGCCAAGGCAACAAAGGAGUGGCUCAAGAAGAAGCACAUUAAGGUGCUGGAGUUGCCUAGCCAGUCUCCAGACCUUAAUCCCAUAGAAAAUCUGUGGAGGGAGCUGAAGGUUUGAGUUGCCAAACGUCAGCCUCGAAACCUUAAUGACUUGGAGAAGAUCUGCAAAGAGGAGUGGGACAAAAUCCCUCCUGAGAUGUGUGCAAACCUGGUGGCCAACUACAAGAAACGUCUGACCUCUGUGAUUGCCAACAAGGGUUUUGCCACCAAGUACUAAGUCAUGUUUUGCAGAGGGGUCAAAUACUUAUUUCCCUCAUUAAAAUGCAAAUCAAUUUAUAACAUUUCUGACAUGUGUUUUUCUGAAUUUUUUUGUUGUUAUUCUGUCUCUCACUGUUCAAAUAAACCUACCUUUAAAAGUAUAGACUAAUCAUGUCUUUGUCAGUGGGCAAACGUACAAAAUCAGCAGGGGAUCAAAUACUUUUUUCCCUCACUGUACUUCUUAUCCCUUGCGCAAAUAGCCUACAGCUGUGUCUGUCUGUCUGGAGCUCACUGGCGCAGGAAAUAUUUUAUACAAUGUUGCAAGUUUGCUAGCACCAGCUUCAGGGAGGACCAAGUUAAUAGUUGAUACAAUGUUUCAAGUUCCUUGCAGACAGGCCAUGCUUAGCCAAUGUGAUUUAUAGGACAUUUUUAUCAGGAUAUUUUCUACCUGCGGGCUGCAAUAUCUUUAUGUAGGCUAUUUUUACAUAUUGGCAAUGGCAAUAGAAGUUACUUUUAGAUUUGUAUCAUUUUCAUUUAGAUAAAAUGUUGAUUAACUAAAUGACAUUGAUUUUCAGAUAUAAAGACUUCAUUAUAAAUUAAAUUAAACUGUUCCACGAAAAUGUGCAUAUGAAAAUCAUAACUGGCACACAGCUCAAUAGAAAUGGUACGAUAACUUGGCACUCCAAAUGAAAAAGGUGUAGCCUAUUACCAGCAACUUCAGGAGCUUAAAGGCAGAAUCUGCAAAGGCCAGCAGCAGCGGACAGCGGGAGGAGGAGGGUCGGGAACAGGUUUAUUUCUUCUGGCUAAGCUAUAUUGAUCUCUGGCUCCCUCUUUAGUAAUUUGUGUGUCUCCAUUUUUAAUCACAAUACUUAAAGCAUCAGACAAGCUCAGUAGCCUACAUAUAGUUGAUAUAUAUGGAAAAAUACAAGUUUUAACAUUUCGGCCAAUCAAUUGGUUGAAAGAACAGAAGACUCUCGGUUGACCCAAAAAACAAAUUGUCGGGGACAGCCUUAACAGGUAGAACCCUUGUUGAUGUCAGGUAGAACCUUUUGGGGUUCCAUGUAGAACCCUCUGAACCCUCUGUGGAAAGGGUUUUACAUAGAACCCAAAAGGGUUCUACCUGUAACCAAAAAGGGUUCUCCUAUGUGGAUAGCCGAAGAACCCAUUCCAACACAGAAAAUCUGCUUUUAACAUACUUAAUUAGCAUUUUUUGGAAGGAAAACUAUUUCACUCAUAUUGUAAGUAAUUAUAGGUCAUAUUUCAUAGAAAUCUGGAAACACUGGACAGUUAUCUUAAGCUGACCUCUACUUAUUGAUAAACCUUUUAUUCCUUUAAUUUGUAGGAUAUCUUUGCUCUGAGGCAAACAAUUUUACAUCUGGCCCUAUGUGACAGGCAGAUUUAUGAAAGGCAUCAGUAGUGAUAUAGCCUCUGAGUGCCUUUCUUCCUGUGCCGUAGAUUACGUGAUACUCCAUGCUGCGGAGCCUCUCCCUGACAGGGACAGAGCAUUAAGCCACUCCCACCAGCAGGACCAAUCAGUGUAUGAGGAGAGACACCUGCGCUACAUCUCCCCUCUGGGGAAGGUAAGUUGUCACCUGCAUGAGUUGCAUUCCCACAAUCUGUAGCUUCCUCUCCUCAUCUCCUUUUGUUGUUAAUUGAGUCUUUGUAAACAAACAAUUUAUAACUUUAAAAAGCUAUGACGAUCAAUUUCUUAUAGGCUACUGUCAGUCCUUGCAUCCAUAGCUCCGUCUAUGACAUUGAGAGUGGUUGCAUUUCCCCAGCCCUAUCCCCUGGCUCACCAACAAAGUGGCAGGGUCAGGCAGUUGAAAUUACCCAUUGUGCCUUUAUGUUGAUUCUGGAAAAACGCAUGGCUGAAUGCAAGCCAACUGACCCUCUGUUUUCAGAUGUUAUUUGGCGAACGAAAGAAGAGAAUGAGAAAAAAAGCAUGUUAAAGUAUUAAAACGAAGCCCUAGAAAUGGUCACUUCACUUUUUAUCAUGUACCACAAGAGGACAGUGUUCUCCUAUCCUUCUGCAAUCCACACUAUGCAGAACAAAACAUUUUAGGCACCCUGUACCAAGGGUCAAAUCUAUUUCAACUUUAUUUCAGGAAUUGUAAAGGUGACCAUUACUUUCAAUUAUGACAGUUUUCAAUACAUCAAUUUCAUCUAAUUUAGAACUCAAUCCUAGAAUUGACUAGGUUAAAAUACAAACACCCCCACCCUGUUGUAUAUUACAGUCCAUGUUUUAAUAUACAACGUUCUGUCCUCAUUGUAUUUAGGGGAACUUUGGCAGUGUUGAGCUGUGCCGAUAUGAUCCUCUGGGGGACAACACAGGCGAGCUGAUCGCUGUGAAGAAGCUACAGCCCAACAAGCAGUCAAACCUGGAAGACUUUCAAAAGGAGAUCAACACCAUUCGCUCCCUGCAUUGUGACUACAUUGUCAAAUACAGGGGCGUCUGCUACAGCAUGGGUAAGAACAAUGCAAAUAAUUCAUACACCAAGACCCCAAUAACACUUUUUGUAGGCUAGACAAACUGAUAUUUUAAGUUUGUUGGGGCAUUUGGUAUCCUUUCAGUCAAUGUCAAUAGACCAUGCAACAGUCAAUGGACCAUAAAAUGGGCUGAAAUCUUUGUGAUUUUCAUAAUCAUAGCUGAAAUGCCAGAAAUGCCAUUACUUGAUAACUUUAGACCAUCUAAAAACUGUCUUUGUCAACCUCCAUAUCUUUAUUAGGUUCUUAAAUGUGCCCUCUUUGUUAUUUGUACUCAACACACUGAAUAAAAUAUAAAUAUUUGUUUUUCCCCAGAGGGAACUUCCUUCUCUUCCUAUUCUUGGAAAAACAUGUAAAAUAUUAAGUAGUGUAUUAGAAGGAAGAACCUUCAGCCUAUAUGUAAAUGAUAGCUGUUUCAAGGUAGGAAUGUUUGUGUUAACUCUCUGCAUGUUUAUCCACAUUUUGGGUAGGUCGUCUCAGCAUGAGCUUGGUGAUGGAGUAUUUGCCUUAUGGCAGUCUGAUUGGAUACCUGGAGAAGAACCGGCAGCACGUCAACAACAGGCGGAUGUUGCUCUUUGCCUCUCAAAUCUGUAAAGUAUGAGCCCAAUUAAAAUAGCAGAAUUCCUGGCUAUUCCAUACAAGACUGUUUAUCUCUACAUUGUAAAGGGGAAAUUUGUGUUGUUUUGCACACUUAGGGAUUGGAGUACUUGCAGAGCAUGCGCUACGUGCACCGGGAUCUGGCUGCUAGGAACAUUCUGGUAGCGAGUGACACACUGGUCAAAAUAGCUGAUUUUGGCCUGACAAAGAUCAUUCCCUUUGACAAGGAAUACUACAGAGUCACACAUCCUGGAGAAAGCCCAAUUUUCUGGUAACUGCCAUUGCAUUUGGAAUUGACUUUCCACUCGUGUGGAAAUGACAUGAUCUACUUCAGUGUUCUUCCUGGAGACACUUGUUACCUUUUCACACUACUGAUCCAAACUGAGCUGUACUGCGCUAUGCUGGAUAAACAUCCAUCAAUGUUGCUGGAACAAAGUAAAAGUACAGUACUGUUAGGGUUAGCGCGAUAGUGUGGAAAGGAUGUUAGUAUGUGCACAUUUCUGUUCAUGCACUAACGCACCUGAUUCUCCAAUGAAUCCAGGGCAAUAGACUUUAAGUGUUGCUGAGAGCAUUGUCAUUUUCUAUGGAAAUUAGCUCUAAAGCAAGUUGUCUUCUAAUAAGGCUUCUGUUCAUACCCAGGUAUGCCCCCGAGUCCAUCACAGAGUCCAAAUUCUCCCACAAGUCAGAUGUCUGGAGUUUUGGAGUUGUCCUUCAUGAGCUCUUCUCCUAUUGUGAGCACAACCACAACCCAAAGAGGGUAAGUGGCUAAACCAAGCCUUAAUACAUUGUUCUACUGGCCUCAUUAAAUAUGUGUUUUUCAACUUGAGCUAUCUCAAAUCUACCCACACUGACAUUACUUUAAGCUCAUAAAAAAUAUUGUCUUUUUUGUGUCAAUGAUUUUAACUCAAUUGUUAUGACUGUACAUUACCUGCCCAUAAAUGCCAAAUUUGAUAAUGACAUAUUUUCUCUCCCAUCCACUGCACAUUUAAAGCUAUACAUGCAGGAGAUUGGCAAUGACAUGCAGGGUCUCUCCAUUUCAAUGCAUCUGGUUGAUAUCCUGAAGGACAACUGGAGGUUGCCUGCCCCACCACUCUGCCCUCCCAGAGUAAGAGACACCUUACACAGCCUAGUGGUUAGAUUGUUGGGCCAGUAACCGAAAGAUCACUGGUUCAAAUACCUAAGCCAACAAGGUGAAAAAUUGGGUUCCAGAGGACAGAGUUCGGGAAACGCUGCUUUAGCUAGUCCAUGCUUACAACAACACAAUGCUUUUAAAUGCGUGGAGAGGAGUGCACGAAGUCACACUUUAAGAGAAAGAAAUGAAUAUUGGUCCUGUGCUGAGUUUUUACAGACGUAGACACUAGACAUUGGGAUGUCUCAGGUUUGAAAGUGAUUAUUUCGCCUGUUUUUGUAACCUUACAUUGUUUUAUUUGAUAGAUUUAUAGUAUGAUGACGACGUGCUGGGCAUACAGCGCUGA